CUGCCGUCAGGAGGGGGACCGAGCUGAACCCAGCUUCUGUGACCUGCCCAGCACCCUGGGCUGCAUUUUGCCGAGGGAGCUGGUCCUUGGCAGCCCCCCUGCCACAUCCCAUCUCUCUCUGAAGGCGCCUUUGCGGAGCGGGUGGGAGUGGUGGGGGGUGCUGAGCCAUGGGAGCAGGGAGAGACAUUGCAUGGGCCCUGCAGUGCAGAGUAGUUUUCGAAGGGCGAUGGGGUGAGGUGCACUACGAGACCUGCCCUGUCUCUGCAGGCUCUGAGGAAGCAGAGCAGGCUCUGGAAAGGCAGUGGAGCCCCGAAGUUUUCUAGAAACACCUCCAUAUUGCUAUGCUGCCCAUGGGCUUGUAAUCAUUUAGGAGCAGGAUUGCCACCCACAGGCCAGGCAAGGUCUCUGCUUCUGGUCCAACAGGCAGCUCUGUUGGGUCCUUGGUUGCCUUGCUGCUGAUGGUCAUGGCUUUGUACUUUCAGCACCGUAUCGCCCCUGGGAACUGCUGGGCUUUCCAAGGAUCUCAAGGCCACGUGGUCAUCCGGUUGCCCGUAGAGGUCUGGCCAACGGCUUUCAGCGUCUGGCAUAUCUCUGAGGCAGUGUCGACUUCUGGGGAAGUCAGCGAUGCCCCAAAAGAUUUUGCCGUCUUUGGAGUGGAUGAGGCUGGGGCAGAAACUCUCCUGGGGACGUUCACCUAUGACGUGAACAAGAUGGUUGCUCAGACGUUCCAUGUGCAGAGGCAGCUUCCCAAGACCUUCCGGUACAUCAAAUUCCAGGUGGAGAGCAACUGGGGAAAUCCAGAGUACACCUGUGUGUACCGAGUACAGGUGCACGGGAAGAGAGCCGGACAGGAUGGCGACCGGCAGGCACUACAGAUCAUUUAGGACGAUCAAUAAAAAAGU